AUGUCCGAAACGACAAAUACAAUAGCAACAACAACAACAGCAGUAGCAGCAGCAGCAAUAGCAACACAUAACACACAACAACAACAGAAGCAGCAGCAGCAACAACAAUCCGCAGUAGUUAAAAAUCCAAAUGGAAUUUUAACAGCAGUAGCAGAUAAGGCAGCAACAAUUGCUGCAACCACAACAACAUCAACAAUACAAACAGCUCCGGCCAAGUUUAUUAACAAUUCCAUAACACUAGAAGCAGCAGCAGCAGAAGCAGCAUCAACUCCAAACUCCAUCAGCCUCCAUAGUGGCUCCACCAACAACAUUAAUUCCUGCUCCUCCUCCUCCCCCUCACAAAUUUCCCCCACCGAAUGUUGUAAGGCGAUGGCUUUACAAAUGUCCCUGGCAACGACCAUCAACAACAAGAACAACAACAAUCCAGCAAAGUGUCAAAACAACAACAACACCGACAGCAACACGAAGAAUAAAAAGAAAUCUGCAACCAUCCACAAUGAGCGCUGUUGUGGCAUGCAUGAUAUCAAAGACGCCAUCGCCAACAAUGGCCUCCUCGCCUCAGAUGAUGCCAAUGACAAUGUUGAUGAUGAUGAUGAAGAUGAUAAUUAUGACGAUAAUAACAAUAAAAACAACAAAAAUAAAGAUGAUGAUGACCAUAAUCAAUAUGCUGAUGAACAAGAAGAAGAAGAAGCUAACAUAGAUGAUGAUAACCAAACGAAGAAGAAGAAGAAGAAGCAGAAGCAGAAGCACCCAGCAGAAUCGUUAGCAGUAGAAGCAGCACCAUCGGACAAUUUAUUAUCACUACCCUUCUCCAUGGCCGGUGAUUUAAUUUUGACCCAUGAACAACAUGAUUUCCAUUUAGAAGGUGACAUUGAGGAUCUUCCUGAUAUAUUGCAUGCAACUAACAGCAUCAACAACAAUAACAACAACAACAGCAACAGUAACAGUAACAACAAAUUAACUGGCGAAUUUGCCUACUUUUAUCCCUAUGAUGGUUCCGAGCCCUCGAUUUUAUUAAUAGGUAAAGAUUUUUAUAUAAAUGUAACACCUCAACAGCAGCAGCAGCAGCCACAACAACAAUCACAUGAUAUACAGCAACAACAACAACAACAACAACCGUUUCAAACUUUGUUACUACAAAGAUGA